UGAUGAUAUUUCCUAUGGUGAGCCCCUCAACACAAUGUGAAGGGAGGUAACCCAUCAACACACACUGCCAAAUAAGGAAGUAGCUGGUGUAGACAUCCAUUUUACCCAUGGAAUCAGAUACACCUUCAAGUAACAAUGCUCAGUGUCCUGUCCCUCCGCCCCCACCUCUCAGCCAAAUGCAAUCCCCUUCUAUAGAGGAAAGCUCUCCGUCUUGUGGAAGAAGUUGUUUCGGUCUGUCGGAUAUCGACCAAGCAAUUAAGAUGCGCCAAAAGGAGAUGCAGUUUAAGAUUGUUGGAGCAAUAGAGCAACAGGAUGUUAGUUUACUGACUUCACUGAUCAACGACGGUGUCAACCUGGAUGCUGUGAUUCUGUACGCCAAGACACCUCUCACCUACGCCCUGGAACUUGGACAUGGGGACAUGGCAUGUCAACUCAUCCGUGCUGGAUGUGAUGUUGAAAAAUCUGUGGAAUCUACCAUGGCGUUAAAACCUAUACAUUUUGCUGUCCUUAGAAAUUGCAUCAAUGCAUUGAAAGAAUUGUUAGCCCACGAAGUCAACAUCAAUGGCACAGAUGCCGGGAAAACCACCGCUUUACAUUAUUCUUGUUUCUUUGGGUUUGAUAUUGCCGUCAAUAUUUUACUUUCAAACAAUGCUGACAUCACUUCUAGCGAUAGUUGUGGGAGAACACCACUACAUCGUGCAUUAGAACGAAACCAUCAAAACAUCGCAGAGAAUCUAAUCAAUCAUGGCGCUUCAGUAGAUUCCCAGGACGUAUUUGGAUGGCCACCUUUGUUUCAGUCCAUCAUCUUCAAUUCCGAGAAGAUUGUAGCGUUUUUAAUAGAAAAAAACUGUGAUUUGAAUAUCAGGGAUUGUCAUGGAAACACUGCAUUGCACCUUGCCUGUGACAGGUGUUCCCCAAACAGUACACAAAUCCUGGUAUCCACCUCAAUAGAAUAUCAGAAACGAAAGAAGAAAAUUCCAACAGAAGAAUUAACUCAUCUACUGAUUGGUCAAAACUCAAAACCAAGCCAUUCAAUGAUCCAAUUAUUAGUUAAUGCAGGUGCUUGUAUCAAUAUCUGUAACAGAGCUCAUGAGACUCCCAUGUAUUUGUCGGCCUUCUCGCGGGACUCCACCCUCACUGACUAUCUAUAUCUGGCUGGAGGGAAGGUUGACCGUCAGUGGAUACAGCUCUGUGAUGAUGUGAACCUCGCUAGACACAGAAGUGAUGAAUAUGCCCCACAACAUCAUCAGUUUGAGGUUUUGUUGGAGCCGCAGUUGUUUCUUUCUCAUCAGUGCCGAGGGUGUAUUAGACUGACACUCGGCCAAACAAGAAACAUACGAGAUGCCAUCACUAGGUUACCCAUACCACCGAAGUUAAAAAUGUACAUUAAUGAAUGCGAAAUGACAUUGGAAAUGGUUGACAAAAACAAUAUGGAUACAAUGGUCUCCUAGAAGCAUUUCCCCAUUGCAAAUUUAUUUGUACCAAGGAUAUUAAAUUCUGUUUGUAUUGUCAA